AUGCAGGUGGUUUUAACGGCCUUCCUGGUCGCCAGCGCCUACGCCGGUAACCUAGACGGUGGCGUCGGUGGCCUGGGUCCAGCUGGAGCAGGGCCUGGCGGCCCAGGGCUCAACGGAGGUGGUGCUGGUCUGGGUCCUGGGCUUGGCGGUGGUGGCGGCGGCCUCGGUGAUGGUCUCGGAGGGGGUCUCGGAGGAGGCCUCGGAGGGGGCCUUGGGGGAGCUCUUGGCGCCGCACUGGGUGGCGGCGUGGGCGGCUUAGCUGGCCCUGCUGUAGCCACAGGUCCGGUGUCCGUGGGAGCCCCAGUGGCCGUAAGCCGGACAGUGUCCAUUCCAGCGCCAGUGGCGACGCCCGUGGCUACUGUAUCUUUCCUGAAGCAGCCCGUGAUACACCUUAGGUACGUCACCAAGCCAGUGGUGAGCUACGUACGCCAUCCGGUGGCCACGGUCCACCACGCCAUCAGACCUGUGGUGCAUGUCACGCACGCCGUGGCUGCGCCAGCCAUCGCGGCCACCCCAGCUGUGGCUGCUGCACCGGUCGUGCUAGGGGGAUUGGGUGGACCAGCAUUCGUCGGUGGAUUUGGUGGCGUCGGCCUUGGGGGCCUUGGAGGCGUAGGCCUCGGCGGUGCCGGCCUCGGAGGUGUCGGUCUCGGAGGUGUUGGUCUCGGAGGCGUAGGUCUCGGUGGCGCAGGCCUCGGAGGCCUCGGAUACGGUGCCGGAGGUCUGGGUCUCGGAGGCGGACUCGGCGGUGGACUCGGCGGGGUCGGAAAUGGAGUGGUGGUCAAGGCCAAGCAUCUGAAGUCCUAA